CACUUUGUUUAGAAUUUGUUGUUUGUUUUUCUUUGGCUAGUUGCUACCAUGGCUGUUACUCAAGAACAAGGGCAUGUGUCAUUGAAACUAGUGGUGAACAAAGAGACGAACAAAGUGUUAUUUGCUGAAGCAGGAAAGGACUUUGUGGACGUCCUAUUUAGCUUCUUAACGCUGCCUUUAGGAACCAUCGUGAGACUUCUAGAAAAAGAGUCUAACAUUGGGCCAGUUACAAUAGGUUGUUUAAACUCACUCUAUCAUUCUGUGACAGAUCUUGAUAACUGUCUGUGGAAUCGGACAUUCAAAGAAAUACUGUUGCAGCCAAGGAACUCAUCGCAAGAUUAUUGUAACAGCCUCAAGCUCAACAUUGAUGACAGUGACUCAAAGUACUACGUGUGUACUGAUUUUGGUAGCUGUUCUUGUUUUCAAUUGAUCCCUUACACAACUACACUAAAUUGUAGAUAUGGGUUUCCUUUGACCCGUACAGCUUUUUCGGAAAAUUUUUGUAAUGGAUUUGUCAACGCUGCUGCGAGUUUUAUUGUUACUGAUGAUCUGAUCGUCAUGCCAAAUUCUGUGGAUUAUACAACCUUUGCUUUGCUCCAGAAUCUUGGAAUAAAAAGCCCAAGUUCAGUGAAGGAAAUGACUGUGAAUGUUAACAAGGAAAAGGUACUGGAUCUGUUAAAGUGUUCUUUGCUUUCCAAGACAAGUUUGACAAAUUUGUUUUUAGAAAAGAAACCAAUCCCGGAGAGAUCAAGGUUUUUGUCUUUUAGUAGUGAAGAAUAUAGUUGCAUUAAAAUUAUGUUGAAGUUGGUGAUAAGAAAAUCAGAUGGGAAGAUAUUGUAUGCUCAAGGGGAAAAAGAUUUUGCAGACUUGGUUUUAAGUUUUCUCACCUUUCCUUUGGGAGGAGUGGUAAGUAAGCUAGGUGGAAACUGCUCUUUGGGUAGCAUUGAUGGAUUGUACAAGAGCAUUGCUGAUUUAAAUGAUAACAAAUAUUUGAUGUCAAAAGAAGCAAAGAACAGGCUUCUUGAUCCUCACUUGCUCCCGCAGUUCAAGCUAAGCAACAAGAUUUUAUCAAUGGAUGUUUUGCGAUAUUCUUACCGUUAUGUAUAUGCUAACGGUGAACGCAUUUUAUAUGUUCAAUUUUUCAAAGGUGAAUAUGAAAAUAAGAGUAAUUUGAAAUGCUAUGAGGUAUUUCCUACAGUAGAUUUUGAAGGUUUUGUCAAGGGACCUGCUAUGUACGUGGUUACGGAUGAUUUGGUGGUAGCACCACUUUCUCCAAUUUCAGCUUUAAAUUUACUCAACCGUUUGAAUACUCCUUUCAAUGACCUUAAGGAAAAGGUUGUUACCAUUGGCCUCAAGGAGUGUCUCAACAUAUUGAAGGCAUCUUUGACCUCAACAUCUGCUCUCACAAAUGGUCUUGGUCGCUUGUUAACCGAAGUUAAGGAGGAGAAGUGAGAACUGUGAAUGUUGUAAUGUGUUGUGUUUUAAAUUGUUAGGGAAACUUUGAAAUGGACAACAUUACUAUGUUUACUAUUUUGGGUUGGUUAUUUCAAUUCUGUUAUUUGGAGCAUCAUAUGUAAUUCUUUUUG